AUGAUGCAAAGAAGAGAAAGAGAGAAUACUCAUCAAGAUGAUGAAUCGGAAUUUAUUCUGAAAGAAAUGAUAAAAUUAAUUCGGAGAAUGUGUUUCAUGUUGGAACUCUCUCCUAUUACAUCAUGCACUGCUCUCUACUAUUUUCAUUAUUAUUGCUUGAAAUUUGUAGAACAUGAAGAAUAUGAUAUCACCUUGAUUGCAUGUGCAUGUGUGUUUCUGGCUUGUAAAACCGAAGAACAAGUGAGGAGAGUGCGAGAUGUCAUUAAUUGCAUGCGGAAAGCAUUAAAUCCAGAGAGCGAGCCAUUAGAGUUAUGGCAUGACGAGCUCUUUAAUUUGAAGGAUUGUGUGAUUGGAUAUGAAAGUGUCAUGAUGAGAUGCUUAAAGUUUAGAUUAACGAUCAACCAUCCUUUCAAAUACAUUUUGGGAUAUUGUAAAGCUUUACAAGGAUUUAAUUUUAAAGCAGAAAAUUAUUUUGUUCAAUUUUGCUUUCAACUGGCUCACAAAGCAUAUGAUACUACUUGUUGUGUGAAAUAUAAUUGCUAUGAAUUAGCAACUUCAAUGAUUUUCCUCGCUGCUCAAUUACUCGACAUUAAGGAAUUGGUGCCGAGUGAGAAUGAAUUAGCUUCUCAAAAUUGUGAAAAGCCUCAAUGGUUUACUGUAUUCAAUGUGGAUCAUAGAACGAUUUUAGAGAUUACUUCACAAGUUCGUGAAGUCGUUUGA